CAUGCACUUAAAACUACAGGUGGUACUUACACCUAUAUUUCCUGACAUGACAAAAUUCAAAUUUCCCCUACAUGAACAUUAAUCUAAUCGUGAAUCACACCAAACAACAUUUCUGUGGUGACUUGAUUGAAUUGUAGAAAAUAUCUAAGAUUUGACACAUUAUUUAGUGGCAAGAUGAGUCUAAAAGUUGGCCUCAUUAUAUGUCUAUGUAUGUCUGGUAUAUUGCUGGAGAAAGGCAACAAGAAAUCAUUUGGGGAAAUGGAGACUAACACUGAAACAAACACAAAGCAAAAUGAUUUGGACGACUAUUUGGAAUUCAAAGAAAGCAGAAACGUGACUUCGUUUGAACAUGAAAGUGAUGAUCAAAAAGGCUCAAAGAAGCAUGGAAUGAUGAAUCAAUGAAUGGAGAUUUUGUAACAUCACAAACGUAUCCAAAGGGUUAUACUGUAAAUGAUGAAGGUGUCAAAGAACAACUGGUAUAUGAACAAUGUGAUUUGUGUGAAUGUAAUGGUGAUGAUUCAUCCUACUUUUGCGAGUGUCAUCAAUACAUGUCUAACAAGACAUUUACAACUAUUCAUGAACUUGUCUCCUGUCUUCCACAUUUCCCUCAUUCAGUUGAUUUAGUUAUGGAACUUAACAUUUCCGGAUUUAACUUUGGAAUCAUACCGAAUGGAUCAUUCAGCAACAUUCCUUAUGUGCAAACCUUAUCAAUUAGAGCAUGUAAUAUUACGAAAUUGGAACCAAAUGCCUUCAAAGGCCUUAAUAACUUAUCUGAGCUUGCAAUAGUGGACAGUGGAAAAGAUAAAGAAGGUAUUUCAAUCCUUAAUUAUCAUUUGCUACAGCACUGCCAGAAAACUAAGAUACUAAGUUUGGGAAAAGUAAGAAACAUUGCAAAUAACACAUUCUUCGCUCUACCAAAGCUUAUUCAACUUACUUUAGAAGACAAAGGCAUCUUGGAACAUCACCAAAUAUUCAAAUCAUUGCAUAAAUUGCAAAUUCUUAUACUCAAUGGGAUAGGAUUAAACCAAAUCCCUGGUGCCAUUUUACAUUAUCUCCCAUUCUUGACAGAACUCCAUUUGGCUAACAAUGCAAUAAAUAGCCUUCAGUUUGAUGGGAAGCUUACGACCAAUGGUCAUUUAACUCUUGAUCUUCAAGGCAAUAAUAUCAAGUCAGUGACGAAAACUGAUAUGUCCCAGUUUAAAAAGGUCGCUAAUUUAUCACUCAAUUUAGCUGACAAUGAUCUGGAAGAUAUUGAACCGAAUUAUCUUCAAGACAUCAAGGUAGUAGAUAUUCUCUCAUUUAAUAAAAAUCUAAAAUUGGGUAAAACAAAUGCAUUAAAGAACAUGCUAGAAAGCUGUAAGGGAAAGCCUAUAAAAGAUCUGCAAAUUGCAGGUUGUGGCAUUGUAAUUGAUAAAUUUAAUUCAUCUUUCCUUGAACCCCUUAAGAAUUCAAAUCUUCAAAGCUUAAGUAUUGGUUAUAAUUUGAUAGACAGAUUUGAAACUGAUGCAUUUGAGCCUGUGAAAUCAUUGCGAGAACUAGAUAUUUCAAACUUUAUGCAUAUUUCCAGUGAGACAUUUGCACCACUACAAGACCUUUCAACUCUUAGAAUCCAUGAUAUGUCUGUUCUUCCAACAAAAAAAGAUGCUAUGAAUGUUAGUUUGAUUGAACUAGAAAAUUUAGAUACUCUCUUUCUGUACAAACUUGAUUUCUCUCGUAUCAUUUUUACUUUAAGACGUUAUAUAUACUCUUUAAUGUAUUUCAAAUUGACGGAUAUGGGGGAGGCAUUUGAAGCAUAUCAUGAUCAAGUUUUGAAUUUGAUUACAAAUUCAUAUUUAUUCUCUCUCGACUUAUCUGGAAAUUUACUUUUUCGCUAUUCAGACACUGCUCUGUGUGAAUUAUUUAAUGGUGUCGACACUUCUGAAUUUCGUUUAUGUGAAAACUAUUUCAAAAUACUUCCAGAUUGUAUAUUUCAAAAUAUCCGUGCACAGUUGAUAGAUUUAAGCCAAAACAGAAUCACUUACAUUCAAGAAGGUUUGUUUAAAAACAUCCCUGACAUAAUCAAUUUAAAUUUAGCUGGGAACAGCAUCAGCUUAAUUGAUGGAACAGCACUUACUGUAGUUGGCCAAGAUAUACAAAUAGAAAAUAAUGUGAUCGAAUGUAACUGUGCAACACAGCCCUUUACAAAAUGGCUACGACGAAGAAAGCAUCAAAGGGGUUUAGUCACUCAUGACAAAUUUUGUGCUUCACCGACAGGACCAACAAAUGAGGAACUGUUGAAAUUUGAAUUAACAUGGGUGCAAUGUAACAUGGAAGCCUUUGUUAGAAUCAUUUCUCUAUCAGUUAGCAGUGUCAUUUUGAUUGGGAUAUUAACUGCUUCACUUCUGAAAUAUUUCUGGAGAGACAUUAAGUACAUGCAGCUGGUCAGGAGAGCAAAGCAGCACAAUGGGUACAUUCCAAUUGUUGAUCCAAAUGAUAACCAGAAUGAUAUCCUAAUUGAUGAUAUCCAAGAUGAUGAAGUAUAUGAUGCUUUUAUCAGUUACCAUUCUGAAAAGCGAAUAUGGGUACGUGAUGUGAUGACGCCAGAGCUCACCAAAGGGGAUGUUCAAUUCUCACUGAUACAUGAUGAUAACAUAAUACCAGGACAAGAGUCAUACUUUGGUGGACUAAUGUCACACAUGGACCGUAGUCGCCAUAUCAUAUUCCUGGUUACAAGAGGUUGGAUGCAGGAGGGAUGGAAUGAAUUUGAAAUGGACUCUGCUAUAGAUAUGCUCACCCAGACCAAACGCCACACACUCAUAGUUGUUCUGAUGGAGAACAUACCACAGAAAGAAAUGUCACACAAGCUUAAACUGAUGGUAAGACACAAUGUCUGUCUGAAGUGGAGUGAAGAAGAGAGGAAGCAGAGGAAAUUUUGGAGGGACCUUAAACUGGAACUAGGAAAAAAGCGUUAUAUGUGAAGCCAAUUCCUCUGAAAAUAAUGAUUGUGCAAAAGUGAUUUAAUUCAAAUGUUACAAACAGUUCAUUUUAUUUAAGGAAAUAUCUGCACAUCCUUCCCAAGUAAUAUCCCUUAUGAACGGAGGAUAAGGCAUUUAUUUCUCUUAUCAUUGACAGGUGUGCUCUAAAUCGAAGUAAAUAAUUGUUUCAAAACAAGUUUCUCAUUCUGUUAUUUCAUGUAUGUAUUUCACUUUCGUAAUUAGUGCCUACAAGCAUGGUGGAGAAAAUGACAUCAUGUUUUUUGUCAUGUGAUCUCUGUUACAAAAUAUAGAAUAAAUAAUAUGACAGUGA